UUCACCACAUGUGCAAAAGCGAGUCGAGUUUCUUUCGCCAUGGAAGCGCCAAGCGAGGGUCAGCGUGGAUAUCAUCCACGGCAUGCCACGGAGUCAAAGGCUGACAUGCGGAAGCUCAAGGCAAACAAGCAGUUUUUUCGAACAAACAGCGAUCCACUUGCAAUCGUCUCUGACCCAAGAACCAAGCGCCGAGCAUCUCUUGCCUUGCGCCAGGUCAUUGUCAGCGGCACAGAAACAGCACUUCAAGAGCGGACCGGUGGCCUAGUACAGGACUUCUUGCGAAGAGACGUUGAGGCUAGCCGGCUUUUGGCUAGUACCGUGAACACAUUUUUGAUUGACUCAUCCGGAAGUGAGGAUGAGGACCGGCCUGUUCUAAGUGAAGCCACUGCGAGCACGGAUAUGAGCAGCAGGCUCAGCAGACGGCAGAGGACUCACAUCUUUGCUGACAGAUCCUUCUGGAGAAGAGCCAGACAGAUCGCUUGCUUUGAAUAUGUUGCAGAGCAGAUGCGCAGCAGUGUCAGUUCGUUCUGGAAGGAACACUUGACUGAUGCAGUGAACGGGCUCCGGCAAGCUCAGAUCCAAGCUAGGGACAUCUUGAAGCUGGUGCAGCGUUGCCGUGGUCUGGAAACUGCUGUUGACUUUCAAGUGGGGUUGCUUUCCUUUCGCGAUGUCUUGAAAGACAGACGCGAGCCAGAGGAAGCCUUGACCAACCCACUCCAGAGGUUCGAUAGCAAGGGUUCGCGUGACUUCUGGAGCAUUUACCACAAAGAGGACAGCAAGUGGGUGCCAAGCCAAAACCAGCCAGCCGAGCUGCUCAAGUCUUUGCUCCCGAAGUCGGAAAGCAAUGACAAGAACAAGGAGAGCCAUGCAGCAUUGAAAUCAAAGCGUUCGCAGGUUGCCCGGAAGGUCUUGGAGCACCGUCGCGAGAUCCAGCAAAAACGCUUGCCACUCAUUGAGCCAAAAUCCAAGCCUCGAGCAACACCAGAGAUCCAGGAGUUCCAUCUUGACAGCCGGCCAAUGACGCGGCAGGAGCAGGGCUACUUUGAUCUGGGAAGGUUCCUUGAGCCCAAGCGCCGGGCAGCAGGAGCAGGCGAGAGCCGUUCCUUGCCCCUUCUGCCCCGCCUGAGCAGGUCCUCUCAGGAUGGCAAUAGCUCCAUGUACUCCUCAACGUCAAGUUGGAGACGCGACACGGGCAUCGGCAUGCAGCUCCAUGGAACCCAAGGAACGUUGCUGCCAAUGUUGCAGCUGCCCAGCAUGUCCGAAGAGAUGCCGACGAACUUGACAAGAACAGCUCUGAGCUUCGAAAGUUCUAUGCCAGUUCCCCUGGAGAAAGUUGCAGAACCUUUUCUGCGGCCUUGGCAAUCUCAGGUCCGGACUGAAACUGGCCUGCCUGAGCCAGAGGCAGAAAAAGACUCGGCAACGAUGCGCUAUAUUCGAGUGUGCAACGCCACUGGUGUCGUACCAACAGCUGCUGUGCUGGAGAUGGUGCGACAGAGCGCCAUCUACAGCGGUGGCGAGCUUCUGUUGGAUGAUGAGUUGCUGGCCAUGUCAUCUUUGAUCGGCCACCUUAGCAGCAUUCGCGAGGUGGUCUUGGCUGGGAGCACCAAGCUGAGCGACAGUGCCUUGCAGAGUUUUUUGCAGCAGCUCUUUGGGCGACCCGCGAUGGAUUCCUUGGAAAAGCUGGACCUGGCCAGAUGCCGUGGCGCUGGGCCGAAAGCUGUCUCUACACUGGUGGCUUUGCUGGUGGAAUCCAGUGGCCUCUACAAACUGAGACACCUGGACAUCAGUGGUAUUCGCAUCUCUACUUCUAUGAUGACAGCGCUGUGCCACUCUUUGCACGUGCACCCUGCAAUCCGCUGUCUCCAUAUCGCCGACACAACGUUGGGUGUUCACCCCAACGCUGCCAGCUGUUUGCAAGAUUUGCUUGCAGCCCCAUUGGAGGUCUUGGGUCUUGGUUGGAAUUGCUUCUCCGAAGAGGCCUUGAAGUCAUUAGGUGACAUGCUUUCCGGACACAAGCGACUGCGUGAGCUGCACAUGCCAAACUGCGACAGCUGCGUUGGCAGUCACAGCUCCACCCAUGUCUUUCUGGAAGGCCUCUACCGAAAUAGCAGCCUUACGACGCUCGACCUCUCCAUGAAUCGGCUGGACUCCUUUGGUGCCUUGAUCUUGGAGGACUCUUUAGCUCAGCAUGCGAAGCUGAAGGAGCUCUACAUGAACCAGAACCCGCUGGGUUCCCAUGGGCUGCGGUGUUUACUCCGGCUGUUAAGCCUCAGCAGCUGCGGGCUUCGAUUGCUGGAAGCAUAUGGCUGUCAAGGUAGUGAGAAGCCCACGUAUCAAGCCACAGAGCCUUCAGGGCUUUACCGGUUGGAUCUAAGCCUGGCCCAUGGCAGGUCACUUCUGCGCUUGCUCUACAAGACAUGCGAAGCCCUGAAACUGGACAUUCCUCAGGCCUUCCAGAACUUGGUGUACACCCCGGCAGACUUGUCAAGGAACCAAGCGUUUCAACAUCCAGGGAAAGAUGCCUUUGGUGUUUAUUCUGUCCCCACCUCGGGCAUUGUCAGCUUCUGCUUUACUUUGGAUCCUGCACGGGGAAAGCUGGUUCCGGAGACAGAAGGUCUUGACGGCAGGUUUCGAGGGCCGCGGCCACUGGCUUCAAUGUAUUUGGACCGUCACUUCGCGUUGCUGCGGCGAAAGCUUACUUUCCGCAAGGUCGUUUGUUUGCUGGCGCAGUUCAGAAGCCUUAAAGGUCGACCCGAUGAGCAGAAACUGAUCCUCGAUGCUUUGUCUGCGGACUUCACUUUGGAAUAUGACUUUUUGUCUGUCAUAUCAGAGGAUGCAGUCCAGGGCAUCGACUCUCUGUGUCUUCUGCUUGCUGGUGUUCACAGGUCGCAGGUGCGCCUUUUCCUUGCCCUCACGCACUUGCCACGGCUGCGGGAAUACAUCAAGGUCUACAGACGCUGCGAGAGGCUCUUCAUCUUUAACCCAGAGAGUCCUUCAGGGCACUACAUCCUCGAUCUGUCGAAUUCGGCUGAUUUUGCAGUGGCUGAGAUGUUGAAGAUGCUGGAUGCCUGGGAGUCCUCAAUCGCACGAAACAAAGGCUUAGAAGAUCGCUCUCAGCAUGGCAACUGGUCAAGUGUGCGCAACUGUAGACAUCAAAACAAUUCGAUGAUCUCCUUAGCAGAUUGGAUCAUCCCCUUCCAUGAAACUUUGGAGUUGGACUUCAUCACUUGGAGACGUCCAGGUCCUGAUGCACAUCCAUUCCCGAUGGAGAGUUGGGACGAGAUGAUGGCGAAACUUGCGCAGGCGCCGCUCAAAUCACGGGCCAAAGUCCACGUACUGCGGAAUGUUUCUGAUCGCAUCUUCCUGACUUCCAUGCAGUGUAGACAGCUCGCGGGUAUUUUUGGAGAGCGAGAGCAAAAGAUGGAGGCGCUGUGCUGUGUGCUGAUGCGCCUCUCAGAUCCUCAAAACAUGAAAAUGGUGGCCUCACGCUUGGAUGUGGAUGAAUGGAAGGAACUCCGAAGACUUUGCGGAACCCUGACGCUCUUUCCAUACAUCCAGCCGGAGCAGCAGUCCUUUGUUCUUGACAUGUCCAUCCCCGAAGACCGGAUCGCUGCAAGCUUGAUGGUGCGGCUCAAUGUGAAGGAAUCGAAGAGGGGCAAUAUCAGAAAUCCCAGGUUUGUCAUGGCCGACAAGAGCGAGUAUCCUUUUGAACGUGGAGUGCCAACGUCCUGGCAAAACGUGCAGGCCAUCCCUCAAGGAGGCACUUUGAGUUGGCAGUAUAUGUGCUCCCCGGAGGAUCGCUGCAUGGAGAUGCGGCGUGAGCUCCUUGCACGCUGUGGGGGCUGGAAUGCCGACCUCAGCAAGGAAAACAUCAUUUGGUGGUCAUUCCUCCAGGGUGUGCCUCCAGCUGUCAGUAGUUUCCUGGUCCAUGUGAUGCGGCACUUCAAGAACAAUGUGCAGGCUGCGUUCCAGAUGAUUGACGGGCCUGAUGGCAACGGCGUUCUGUCCUUGAUGGAGUUCAAAAAAGCUGUGGCUAAUCUUGGUUGGAAAGAGUUCAAAGACCCUGAGAAAGCUGUCCAGAUCUUUCGCUACCUGGAUCCAGAUGGCGGAGGCUCCAUCUCCUUUGAGGAGUGGCAGGUGAUGAAUGGCCUCUUGCAGGAGCUGCAGCUUGCCAUUUUAGAGCUCCUUCAGCAUGUGCACUACACCUUUGGCAGCGUCGAGGUGGCAUAUGCGUUGCUGGACAAAGAUGGCAGCUCCACCGUGGACUUCGAAGAGUGGGACAAGGCCACGCGCUCGAUCGGCUACUUUGGUCCCACCAGCAUCAUCUACCAAUAUUUGUGCAUCGAUGACAAGCUGAAGACCUUGACCAAACAGAGAUGGAACGAGGUGCUGGAUCUGUGGAGUAAUCGAGAGGCCAUUUAUCGCAAGAUUCUGGCAGGGGGUUGAGCAACGUCUGCUGCAAGGCAGUGUUUGAGCGACAGUAGUUUCUUCCUACGGGGCGCUGCUAAGAAGGCCUUUUCAAUGCAAAAAGGAGUGCACUUCUAACACUCACUGUUUUACUCCUUCUUUUUGUCCUCUGACUUGCCAGCAUUGAGUGGGUGAUAGUGUACGUAGGCUCCUGCAAAGCAGGGCGGGUUUGUUGACUUGGCUUGUGCUGCAAGCUGUGCAACUUUUUAGCUCUUGGCGUUUGAAAUGCCUCCCAGAAAAUGACCCUAUCAAGGCCUUGUUCUGCCUUUUCGUGUC